GGUUGUGUGAAUCGCAGGUGCACUCGUCUUCGCGGUGUUUGGCGAUGUUGUGCUUGCGGAAACAGUGAUUCAGGACAUGGUUGCAGUAAAAAGUGCAUUUUCGAAUAGUGUCGUAAUCUUCUGCAUUAAAUUAUAGGAAAUUAAGAUUACAGUAUCAAUUCAAUAUGUCUGAGCCUAUAACAUUAAAUGUAGGAGGAAAAUUGUAUACCAGUUCUCUGGCAACUUUAACGCGAUACCCAGACUCAAUGCUGGGUGUGAUGUUCAGUGGGAAAAUGCCCUCAACUAGUGAUCAGCACGGUAAUUACUUCAUUGACAGAGAUGGGAAAAUAUUUCGAUAUAUUCUAAACUUUUUGCGCACAUCAAACCUCGACCUCCCAGAUGAUUUUCAAGAAGCUAGACUUUUGAAGAGAGAAGCUGAUUUUUACCAGAUCCAGCCUUUAAUCGAGGCUUUACAGGAGAGAGAAUCUGAAAUUGCCAAGGCAGAAAGGAAUGCGAUGCUCAACGUUACUCUGGACCAGAGACUACAGACUGUGUACUUCACUGUUAAACCAGCCCCACAAAUGUACAACCUAACCUCGUGUAGUACAGAAGUCUUUGACGCCAACAUAUUUUGCACAUCAGCCGAAUUCUUGAAGUAUUUGAGCUCCAAGUUUUGUUACUUUGUUAAUGGUAAACUUUUACCAAUUGGCUAUGAGAUAAAGGAUCCACACCAUUUGACAUUACAGUGGGUUGGACACGUGGCAGUGCUGCCCGAAGAUGAAUACACAAGGCAACAUUUAAAAAGACUUUGGAUUGUGCCUACAAAUGAGCAAGUUAAUAAUUUUCAGUUGUUUGUGGAGGAAGUGCUAAAAACAGCAAUGAGUGAUGGAUUCCAUGUAGAUUCACUACAGCCAGAUUCCUCUGACUUCAUGAAUUACAAGGUUCUUCGUCUAGUCCGAUAUAAAUAGAAAACUUCUCCUAAAGUAUUAAUAAUUGUACUUGUAUUACUGUAUAACAGUAAAAGCCUUAAAUUAUUUUCCUUCUAAACUAUAUGGCACUUUAAGUUAAAUUGCUGCAUUUACUAAACCUGAGUAAUAAGAGCUUACCAAUGUAAUCUAUGUGAUAGUUUAUUUUGUGAUGAUAUUGGCAAAUUCCAACAAUUUAUUUUUACCCAGCUUUUACAAUUACUGAGGUGUUGUACAAAUAAUUUUGAAAUGAAAUGUAUAGCUUUCAAAAAAUACUUCUAAUAACACUGCAAUUGUUUAACUUAUAAAAGAAAUAUCACCCAUCAUUUUGGCCUAUGUAUCAUGCUUUAGCCGAAGGGUUGCAAAAAAAAUCACAAGAUUUUUUAUAAAGUAGUUUUCACAAUUUAUGAUGAAUAAAUGAAUAUAUUUCUUAACAUCCAUGAUUCUGAUAUUGUACAGAUAUCAAAGAAAAUAGAAACAGGAUAACUUACCAGAUAUUUACUGAUUGAAUACUUGAUUCUAGUAUCAUGAUAUAUUUUAUAAAAUAAUUUUAUAACUACAAAAUAUUAUGUGAUAAGACAUUCCUGAUAAGUUGUAGUAACUGCUACAAGAAAUAUGGUCUAUGCAGAUUUAGAUGGAUACUGGACUUGUAAUAAGAACAUAGAAGUAGCAGUUGAGAGUUCCUGAAAAUAAGGGAUGAGAUCCUGCUUGAGAAAAUGCAAUGAAACUAAUUAUUAUUUCUGAUCAUAAGUUGGAAAUAACUUUCAUUAACAAUGGCAACAAACUUUAGUACUGGUUUAUGAAAGGGCAAAAUACAAUUUUCCUGGAAAAAUAAGUAGAGACAGAUCAGUUUUUUUUAAGCUAGAGGUUGAAAAUAGAAGUUUUGAAAGGAAUAGGCAUGGUGCUUCAGCAAAGAAGAUCAUUAAGAAUGUUAGUGAGGUGGCCUGAAAAAUUGUAAAUUACUUUGAGGAAUCACAGAAGUAUUGAAAAUUGCCUUUGAAUGAGUGGAGUUAAAAAUGUGGAAGAGGUACUGCAGAAUAAGUGUGGAGCUAAUUGGGGCAAAUGAUGGCAAAAGCAGCUGUGCAUUAUUGAAGUUGUGGUCAUCCAUUUGUUCUUUGAGAUGGAAAGGUUUGUUGUAGAAUGCAAUUCUGAAAUACUGUGGGAAAGAAAUUAAUGUGAUCAAGCCAGAUUUAAUGAAGAAAGGCUAAACUAUAUUGCAAAGCUAACUUGAGUUACAGAAGUAAUGUCUAAAACUACAAAGAGAGAAGUUGAAAGUCUUUUCCCCCCCAGAAGGUGAACAAGUCAUCAGACAACAGGGAAGAGAUCAUAAGCUGGCAAGGAUGGCAGAGAUGUACAGUAGGAACGGAAAGGACAGCAGUCAGACAAGAAUGGGCGAAAAGAUACUGUCAGUUAAUCUAAUAAAUCCAGAUAAAAUUAGAUUAUUGUGUGAACUUUUGCAUGAAGUGUGUGUAUUUGUACACUUGGAACUAAACCCAUAAAGAACAGGUGUGUGUGUGUGUGUGUAUAUAUAAAUGUUGCUUAUGUGGGAACUCUUUCAGCAAACUGAAAAAAAUUAGGGCAAUAUGACAGAUAAUUAACUUUUAAUGAGGACAUCACUGAGGUGUCGGUGGUAGAGCUACUGCCUCCUAGUUCCAGUGACAUCUGGUGUUCUCUGUGUGAAGUUUGCACAUCCCCCUGUGAUGGGGUGGGCUUCCCCAGGCUGCCCCUUGUGUACUGUAUAGGAGAGUGGUAGAACUUUAGGGAAAUUGAUGAGAAGGAAAAACGAACAAUGUAGCAUUAGUGUUCCAAGGGUGUUUACAGUCAGUGUGCACUCAGUGAAUUGAAAGAACUGUUUCCAAGCUCUAUUUACGAUCUUAAUAUUUGGAAAGGCUCAGAUAUUUUCAAUUAUUAUGAAAAUGAAGAAAUUGGGAAUUAAUACUCUAAUAUGUAUAACAUAAGUAUAUCAUUUCAUAUUUAAGUGUUCCAAAAAAGUAAGAUUAUCAAUUAAGAAAUAUUAAAGUCUUAAGGUUGAAAACCGGUUCAACGUAUCAUGCACAUGUUAUAAUUGCUCGAUUUAAAAAGUAUGCUUGUGAAAGACAUAGGCAAAUGUUCCUUAUGAGGAAGUUUUUGUGGCAAACUAAAGAAAUAAAUUAAUACAUCAGAUGUAAUUUACUUGAAGCCUUCAGUGGUAGUCCAACUCAUUUAAUGGGCCUGAGUAAAAUUGAAGAUGCAGUUGACAUGUUAUGAAUUGCUCUGUAUAAAUGGGCUGAUCUUCAUUGUUGUGCCGUGGAGUGGGCCUACAUUGGGCUGUCUGCUUUUCCUCCAUCAGUGGAAGUGGUUUAGAGGUUUCCCUGCAUGGAGAAUUUGUUUCUUGUUUGGUGACAAUUGCUUUUGCAUAUUCUGUCCAAUAUCUACUACUGUAUAUCUAGCUUCAAUAAUAUGGUUAAAAGGACUUCUUGUUAUGGGAAUGCUGCUGAGAAUUUGAAGUUCUGGUGAGCUGCUCCUAACUGUUGCAGUACUUUUUGCUUCAAGUAGAAUAACUUAAGCAUUGCUAAAGCCGUGGCAUUUUUGAAUCAAACUUAAAAUUUAACCAGUGCCUGAAAGAUUGCGUGACAUUCUAGAAUUUUACAUUUAAAAAAACAAUUCUUUAAAAAUUUUCAACGGUUGUUAAAACUAUUCACUAGAGCCGGGGUGGUGAACCUUUUGAGAUCAUGUGCUCAAAUUGAGUCCUGUUGUUUAUUUAUGUGUAUUCAGUGUUUUAGUAUUAAUAAAAGUAUAACAGAGACAGAUUGAAAUAAAUGAACCAUUUUAGAAAACCUGUUCGAAAAUUGUUAGUCUUUUAAAAAGGCAAUUGCGAAGUAACAUUUCAAAGUAAUAAUGUUACUGUAACUGUUUACUAUCCAAGCACAAAUGUCUACACUAGGUCUAUGAGAAUUUCAAAACGUAUCAUCCAAUGUCAUAUGUUCUCACAACUGCUUAGCUGGCGCCAAGCUGGUGAGAUGUUUCCUGUGAAAACGUCGCACUACACUGCGGUAGUAAAAAAAAAGCAUUCACUGCCUCAUUUGGUAGUAAAGAAAAAUUGUAUGUAGUUUUUAUUAUUGUGGGCAGGGUUUAAAAAAAUUGAGAGGUGCCACUGCUUAUUGCGUUUCAACAAAAUCUUUGCACGUGCCCUCAUGGGCACGAGUGCCAUAGGUUCACCACCCCCGCUAGAUCAAUGCUUGUGUAUAUACAAGCUGCAAAUUAAUGGCCACUUGCAAAAUCAUGGAAAUUUAUUUCCUCAGCGUAUUUUAAAUGAUUAACCUUUAUAUUUGCACAUCUACAUUGAGGUAUGAACCAAUCCUCUGUGGUUAAAGAUGUUUUUGAUAGCUAAUGGUAAUGACGCAAGUAUCAAACUGACUUUUGAGAGUUAAAAGAAUCCACAAUAAAGUUAUUUUCUUUCAUGCUCUUCUUUCUCAAUGAAAAUUUUAAAAUAACUAUAAUGGUGUUUACUUGUCACUAUUAGAAAUGGAGACAUGAAAAAUUAAACUAUCAAAACAAAGUCUUAGUUGAGCAAGGAAAAUACAGGCCAAUUGAGAGUCUUCUGAAGACCUGCCAUUUUUCUUUAGCUAUGAUUUGUGGUCAUUGUUACCACCUUUGUUAAAUUGCUGCAUGUAUACAGAUUAAAUAUGAAUAUGCAUUUAAUAUUUUUGUAUUGUACACAUUGUGUAAAGCUGACCUGAGAAUGUAUAGCAAAUGAAAUUAAUGCUUUUGGAACAGCAUGUGAUC